AUGGACUUCUACAAAGGGCUCUUUGUAGCCUGGGCUCUCAGCCUCCUACCAGGAUUCUGUGACACCUUCAAUAUUGACACCAAAAGGCCCCGAAUCAUACCAGGCUCUAAAGAAGCGUACUUUGGCUACACGGUGCAGCAGCAUGAAAUCGCUGGGAAGAAAUGGCUGGUGGUGGGAGCCCCCUAUGAAACCAAUGGACAGCUGAAGACUGGAGACGUCUACAAGUGUCCGGUGAAUGGCGAGACUAACGGCAACUGCACCAAACUCAACCUAGGAAGAGUAACACUCUCCAAUGUGUCAGAGCGCAAAGAUAACAUGCGUCUUGGCCUGAGUCUGACCACAAACCCCAAGGACAAGAGCUUUCUGGCUUGCAGCCCUCUCUGGUCCCAUGAGUGCGGAAGCUCUUACUAUACCACGGGAAUGUGCUCCAGGGUGAACUCCAACUUCAGAUUCUCGAAGACCAUCGCUCCUGCUCUCCAGAGAUGCCAAACGUACAUGGACAUAAUCAUCGUUCUGGAUGGAUCGAACAGCAUAUAUCCCUGGGUUGAAGUGCAACAUUUCCUGAUAAACAUCUUGAAAAAGUUUUACAUUGGGCCUGGUCAGAUACAGGUUGGAGUUGUUCAGUAUGGAGAAGACGUCGUGCAUGAAUUUCAUUUAAAUGACUACAGGUCUGUAAAAGAUGUGGUGGAAGCUGCUAGUCACAUAGAGCAGAGAGGAGGUACAGAAACCAGGACAGCAUACGGGAUAGAAUUUGCUCGCUCAGAAGCCUUUCAGAAAGGUGGGCGAAAGGGAGCAAAGAAAGUGAUGAUUGUAAUAACCGAUGGGGAAUCCCAUGACAGCCCAGACCUGGAGAAGGUGAUUGAAAACAGUGAGAAGGACAAUGUCACCAGAUAUGCUGUGGCAGUUCUGGGGUAUUAUAAUAGAAGAGGAAUCAACCCAGCAGCAUUUUUGAAAGAAAUAAAAUUUAUAGCAAGUGAUCCAGAUGACAAGCACUUCUUUAAUGUCACAGAUGAAGCGGCACUUAAGGAUAUUGUGGAUGCACUGGGAGAGAGGAUAUUUAGUUUGGAAGGAACCAACAAAAACGAAAUCUCCUUUGGACUUGAAAUGUCCCAGACUGGAUUUUCAUCACACAUUGUGGAAGACGGGAUUUUGCUUGGGGCCGUAGGAGCGUAUGAUUGGAAUGGAGCAGUGCUCAAAGAAACCAGCAGUGGAAAAGUCAUUCCUCAUAGGGAAUCAUAUCUCCAGGAAUUCCCGGAGGAGCUGAAGAACCAUGGAGCAUACCUAGGUUACACCGUCACCUCAGUGAUGUCUCCAAAGCAUGGAAGGAUUUAUGUAGCGGGAGCUCCCAGGUUCAACCACACUGGGAAAGCAAUUAUUUUUACAAUGCACAGCAACAGAAACCUAACUAUUCACCAGUCUUUGAAAGGAGAACAGAUUGGCUCCUACUAUGGAAGUGAAAUAAAUUCCAUCGACAUUAAUGGAGACGGGAUGACAGAUAUUUUGUUGGUCGGUGCCCCCAUGUACUUCAGCGAAGGCAGAGAGAGGGGGAAGGUGUACGUCUACGUUCUAAAAGAGGACCGGUUUGUUUUCAACGGAGCUCUGAAAGAUUUGCAGAGCUACCAGAAUUCUAGAUUUGGCUCUUGCAUUGCCUCUGUCCGUGAUCUGAAUCAAGACUCCUACAACGAUGUUGUCAUUGGUGCUCCUUUGGAAGAUGACCACCAAGGAGCAAUCUAUAUCUUCCAUGGCUUCAAAGAAAACCUCCUGAAGAUGUAUAAGCAGAGAAUAGCCGCCGCAGACCUUCUUCCAGGCCUGAUGUAUUUUGGAUGCAGUAUCCAUGGACAACUAGAUCUAAAUGAAGAUGGCCUCAUAGACCUAGCAAUUGGCUCCCUUGGAAGUGCUGUGCUCUUAUGGUCCCGCAGUGUUGUCCAGGUCAAUGCCAGCAUUCGGUUUGAACCAUCCAAAAUCAACAUCUUUAACAAAGACUGCAAGCGAAAUGGGAAGGAUGCCACCUGCAUGUCUGCAUUCGUCUGCUUCACUCCAGUCUUCCUCUCGACUCAUUUUCAGACGGCAAGUGUGGGAUUAAAAUACAAUGCAACCAUUGACGAGCGAAGGUACACGCCACGGGCUCAUCUGGAUGAAAAUAGCGACCGGCACACUCAUAGGCUGGUCACAUUGUCUGCAGGACAAGAACACUGUGACAAGCUAAAUUUUCACGUCUUGGACACAGCAGACUACGUGAAGCCUGUGACAUUUUCAGUCGAAUAUGGGCUGGAGAAUCCUGACUAUGGUCCCAUGAUGGAUGAUGGCUGGCCAACUGCAUUUAAAGUCUCUGUGCCUUUCUGGAAUGGAUGCAAUGAGGAUGAACACUGUGUCCCUGAUCUGGUCCUUGAUGCUAAAAAUGAUAUUCCAACUGCCACGGAGUAUUGCAGAAGAGUACUGAGAAAGUCACCGUCGGAUUGCGCCGCCUACACACUAUCUUUUGAUACCUCCGUUUUUAUCAUAGAGAGCACGAGGAGGAGGGUGGCUGUAGAAGCUACACUGGAGAACAAAGGCGAAAAUGCAUACAGCACUGUCCUAAACAUUUCCUUCUCGAGAAAUCUGCAGUUUGCUAGCUUGAUUCAGAAGGAUGAUACAGACGUCAAUAUUGAAUGCAUGAAUGAAGAAAAGCGCCCCAACAAGAAGGUGUGCAAUGUUAGCUACCCCUUCUUCCGAGCCAAAGCAAAGGUGGCUUUUCGCCUGGAUUUCGAAUUCAGCAAAUCUAUUUUUCUUCAAAGCAUGGAGAUCUAUCUAACUGCCAACAGUGACAGCGAAGAACAGGAAAGUACCAAAGAGGAUAACGCUGCUCUCCUGAAUUUUCACCUGAAAUACGAAGCCGACCUCCUUUUCACCAGGAGUUCGAGUCUGGACUACUAUGAAAUCAAGUCAAACAGCUCCCUGGGGAGGUACGACAGUAUCGGCCCUCCCUUUAAUUGCACAUUUAAGCUGCACAACCUGGGGGUCUUUCCUGUCGACGGCGUGACUAUCAAAAUCACAAUCCCAGUCGCCACAAGAGGAGGGAAUCGCCUUCUGCUGCUGACUGAUUUCAUUGUGGAUCAGGAAAACACGACGUGUAAUAUCUGGGGAAACAACACUGAUUACAGAAGGACACCCGCUGAGGAGGACCUUUCCCGUAACCUACAACUGAACCACAGUAACUCGGACGUCGUGUCCAUUGACUGUAAUGUGAAAUUAGCAUCCAACGAAGAAAUCAACUUUCACUUACGUGGCAAUCUGUGGCUGGAGUCACUGAAAGCACUGAAGUUCAGGUCCCUGAAGCUCACGACGAACGCAGCUCUGCAGCGACGGUUUCGCAGCCCCUUCAUCUUUCGGGAAGAGGACCCCAGUCGCCAGAUAACGUUUGAAAUCUCCAAGCAAGAGGAGUCCCAGAUCCCGAUCUGGAUCAUCCUAGGCAGCACGCUAGGAGGGCUCCUGCUGCUCGCGCUCCUUGUCCUGGCUCUAUGGAAGCUUGGAUUUUUUAAAAGUGCCAGUCGCAAGAGAGCUACAGAACAGGAGCAGAAUGCCAAAGUAUUAGAAUGA